AUGUCGUACGGCGUUCGCUUCCCCGGCGGUGCUUCGCCCGUGAUGCACCCGCAGAUGUUCCCACCCAGCAGUCCACAGCCACAAGCAGCUCAGAUCCAACCAGGAGCGAUAACAUACACGACCAGUGUUGCGCCAGAUGGGCAGAUCAUCUACAAUCCGUUCAAGGCUGUACCAGCGAGCUACCAGACGCCGCAGGGUAUUAUAAGCGGUAUACAAUGGGUGCCCGUAGAGGCUACUCAGGUCAUUCCUGCUGGAGCUGUACCGGCAUCGGCGGAUAUAGUGGCGUCAUUAAAUCGAGGCCAGGUUGCACCGAACGGAGACGCAUUGAGAGACUGGCAGAGAGAAGAGGAGAAGCGCCGCAGAAAGGAAAACGAGCACCGCGAACGUGAAGAGAAAGGACUACGCAAGGCUCGCGAGAAAGACGCACGCCACGCUGAACGCGAGCGCGAACGCCAGAGAGAGCGUAGGCCCAGCACCGGGUUCAACGGCCCAUAUCCCACCUACAACUCCGUCACCACCGACCUCGAGCGCCGCUUCCAGGACGUCGGAGUUGACAGCCGUGAACGUGAGUUUGAGCGGGACCAUCCGCGCUCCCGCCGAGGCUCGUACAACGGCGAGCGUCCUCCAGGAUACCAGCCUGCCUCUGGCGGCCCACAAUACGCCACUGGCCCCGGCGGUUACCCUACGCCUGCGCCGUCCUCUUACGCUUCCAAUCCUCCACCUCCUUAUGGCAACCCUGCAUAUAGCACUAGCGCAACGCCGUACGCUCGCCCAGGUGCAUAUCCUCCGUCUCCGCGCCUCGGUGACGCUGCAAGGUCUGCAUCGCCUUUCCAGCCUCUCCCAGUAGGGGUUCAGCGCCCCGUCUCUCCCUACAUCGUUCCUUCGACCGCACUGAGGCCCGUCUCACCUUACGCACGUCCUGCUGGUGCAGUGCGCUCCGUAUCCCCUUACAACCCCACCGGUAAUGUGCGACCUGUCUCUCCUUACGCACUUCCUGCUGGUGCAGUGCGCCCCGUAUCCCCUUACAACCCCGCCGGCAUGGCGCGACCUGUCUCUCCUUACCAGAAUCCAGUGCCUCGUCCUGUAUCGCCGUACCAAUCAGGUAACAUCCAAAUUCGCGCGUCUUCCAGGCCUGGUCCGGCCGCAUACCCGCCCGGUCAUGUCAUGGAGGGACAGCGCCUCAGACCCUCACUCUCUCGCGCGGGAAGCCCUGCACCAGGCGCUCCGCCCUUCGCAGGCGCGGCCGCUGCGUACAAUGCAGGCUACGGUGCCGCUCCUCGAACGUACCCGGAGGCAGGGGGCUCCCCGCGCAUGCCUCUCGUACCUAGUGAACAGCAGCAGCAGAUGCUCAGCGCUCCUGAGGGCUUCUCGCGUCCACCCAACCUCGCACAGCCAUACACUCACUUUGAGAUGAUGAAGAUCCAGGAUAUGGAUGACUUCUUAGAGAACAUUCCUCGCAUGCCGCUCGUGCUCGUGCCGCACGACGUCUACCAUGAAGACUGGAUUCGUUUCAUGCAGGAUCUGGCGUUGUCUUGGUCCGGGAGGUUACCGGUGCCGCAAUACCAUGCAGACGGUCGCCCUCCAAAGCGAACUACUCUCAGCGCGGACUUGAUCGAUCUUUGGAACGCAUCAUUCUUCCUCAAGAGGGGCAUUGAGGUCGUGCUCUACAAGGGUCGCGAGCGGCGCUCCGGGCGGGCAGCCGGGACUGUGGAUCUCCAUCUGCCCGGCUUUGAUACCUACGAUUCCGUCUCGUCGCCGUCAGAUUCAGACUCUUCUUCAUCGAGCGGGUCAUCGGAUAGUCCGAUAGACGAGCGCUACAGAUAUGGUGCCUAUGGCGGUGUGUACGGACGGCAGAUCGAAGGGCAGGUCGCGGAACUCCGUGAGGCGCAACGUCGAUUGCGAGAGAAGAAAGCAGAGAGGAAGAUGCGCAAGAGGGAGAAGAAAAGGAAGGCGAAGCUCCGCGCACUUGAGAAGAGAUAUUCCCUCUACCUUGCCUGCACAUCGUCGCGAGAAGGAGGGCUGACUCCUCAAUUAUGA